GAAAAAAGCAAUGAGAUAUAGAUGGUGGCCAUCAUUCAAUUUCAUGUGCUCUUCGAUCUCCAUACAUGCAGAGACACACACACACACACACACACACACUUCCCCUCUCAAUCCCACAUUCAUAGCCUUUUCCUUUUUGGGGCCUUGCAAAAAUCAUAAAGCUUUCACCUUUUUCAGGGAAGAAUACAUUCUCACAUUUGCAUACAAACACAAAACUCAACACCAAAAAGCAUUUAUAAAAGAAAACCACAAUACAUUGAUCCAUACAUUAAUAUGUGUAUGGAAUCAUUCGCUUUCUUGGGCCAAUUCGAAUUGGGUGUCGCGGCUUUAUUACAGAGAGAGAAAAGGAAUAUGUGCAUAGUGAAAAAAAUCUUGAUCUGAUGUGUGAUGGGCUGUCUUCUCUCAGGUUUCUGAGAUUGAUUUCCUGCUGUUCAACGGUCUUCGCAUUCCCUUUUCACUUUCCAAGAUUUUCUUUUUUUCCCAGUGAGAGAAAGCUAGAGAUAUAUAUAUAUCUGUAUUCGUGAAAAUUGAAGGGAUUUAGCAUGUUCUCUGCAUGUGGGUGUGGAGGUGAGAGUUAGAGGAUUUUGGGGGAAAUGGCAUUAAUGGAGGAAGAAGGAGGAUCAGUUGGCGAAAUGGACAAGGAAUUUAAUUCGAAGCUGAAGAUUGAGAGCAACAGUUCCUCUUCUAACAAUAGCAGCAGCAAUACACCUCAGAGAUCUAAGAAUUUUGCAUUCAGAGCGCCACAGGAGAAUUUCAGCAUCCAAGAUUUUGAACUCGAGAAGAUUUAUGGUGUUGGUUCUUAUUCUAAGGUUGUUAGAGCAAGAAAGAAAGACACGGGAAUGGUUUAUGCCAUGAAGAUCAUGGACAAAAAAUUCAUCACUAAGGAAAAUAAAACUGCAUAUGUGAAAUUGGAGCGCAUAGUACUGGACCAAUUAGACCAUCCUGGUGUAGUGCGGUUGUAUUUUACUUUUCAAGAUAGUUGUUCGCUCUACAUGGGGCUUGAAUCCUGUGAUGGUGGUGAGCUUUUUGAUCAAAUAACCAGGAAAGGUCGUUUGUCUGAGGAUGAGACUCGUUUCUAUGCAGCUGAAGUUGUGGAUGCUCUUGAAUAUAUACAUAGUAUGGGAUUGAUACAUCGAGAUAUUAAGCCGGAGAACCUGUUACUUACUACUGAUGGCCAUAUCAAGAUUGCCGAUUUUGGUAGUGUAAAGCCCAUGCAAGGCAGCCAGAUCACUGUCCUUCCGAAUGCAGCAUCAGAUGAUAAAGCGUGCACCUUUGUCGGGACAGCUGCUUAUGUACCUCCUGAAGUUUUAAAUUCCUCCCCAGCCACUUUUGGGAAUGACCUUUGGGCACUUGGAUGCACCGUGUACCAAAUGCUUGCAGGGAUUUCACCUUUUAAGGACGCGAGCGAAUGGCUUAUUUUCCAAAGAAUUGUUGCUAGAGAUCUCAGAUUUCCGGAUUACUUUUCAGAUGAAGCGCGGGACCUCAUUGAUCAAUUAUUGGACAUGGAUCCGAGUAGGCGACCAGGUGCAGGAACUGGUGGUUAUGCUAUACUAAAAAACCAUUCCUUUUUCAAGGGUAUCGAUUGGACUAAUUUGAGGCAAGGAACAACCCCACCUAUACUUUCCUUGGAACCGAGAGGUCACUCGACAGGCGAAGACCAAGAUUCCUCAUGGAACCCAUCGCAUGCUGGGGAUGGUUCAGUGAGAACUAAUGACGGAAAUGGUGGUGCUACAUCAUCUUCUGAAGCUGUUAACGUAACUAGGCUUGCUUCGAUUGAUUCAUUUGAUUCAAAAUGGCAACAGUUCUUGGAGCCUGGGGAAUCUGUUCUUAUGAUCUCCUUGGUAAAGAAACUGCAGAAACUGACGAGCAAGAAAGUGCAGCUUAUCCUUACCAACAAACCGCAGUUAAUUUACGUGGAUCCUGCAAAGUUGGAGGUCCGAGGAAAUGUAGCAUGGUCCGACAAUCCUAAUGAGCUCAAUGUUCAAGUCAUGAGCCCUUCAAAUUUCAAGAUUUUCACCCCCAAGAAAAUUUUCUCAUUUGAGGAUUCAAAACAAAGAGCAACACAGUGGAAAAAGGCAAUCGAGUCUCUCCAAAACCUCUGAGUUCUUAUUGAUGAUCUCGACAAAUCAUUUUCUAGGUAUAGCGACACGCUGGUACAAAAACACGACGUCACUGGUUACUCUCAGCUGAAACCGGUUACAAAGAUCGUCACAGAUUUGAUUCUUCUCGUAAGCUUACAAAUGAGUCAUCUGCAGUGCGACGACAUCCACCAUUUUUGACACUGUCUCUUUCAUAAUCUGUCUAUUGAACCUCAUUUGUUUAUAGCAGGACCUCAUUUUAUGUUUUUUUAUUAUUUAUAAAUGUAUUUCACUUCAGAAAAAUAUCGAAUGAAAUGUGUAACAGUGCACAGAAACAUUGAUGUAUAGAGAGAUCUGUGGUUAAUACAGUCCAUGUUUGCUGCUUCA